UUCGCUGCGCGAGAGUAUCGUAUGUCGGAACGAACACUCUCUGGAGGAGGACACAAUCAACCUUCGUCCGGCGCAGCAAAGAACGGAGUAAGCUUCGUAACGUUCAGUUAGUUCUCGGAUCACUAUCGCUGAACAGGUUAUUUGGUGCUAAUUUGAAUCCUGUUAUAAACAAAAAAAUGAAACUGUACUACCUACCGAGUUCGGCUCCGUCGCGAGCUGUCCAGAUGACUGCGCUGGCCGUCGGAGUAGAGUUGGAACUGACGGAGCUAAAUGUGACAAAGGGUGAACCUCGCCGACCGGACUAUGACCGCAUCAACCCGCAGUACAGCAUUCCAACGCUAAAGGAUAAGGAUCUGGUGCUGUGGGAAAGUCGUGCCAUUCAAAUCUACCUGGUGGAUCAGUACGGACAGAAUGACAACCUCUACCCGAAGGAUCCCGCCAAGCGGGCAAAGGUCAAUGAGAGGAUGUUUUUCGAUGCGUGUAUUCUUUAUCACCGCUUCGCCGAGUACUACCACGAGCAGGUUUUUGGUGGCUUGGAAGGUGAUCUCAAGAAACUGGGUGCGCUGGAGCAUGCCAUGAGAAUGUUGGACCUGUUUCUGGAGGGACAACCUUACGUAACGGGGCAAACGGUGACCAUUGUCGACCUAAGCAUACUGGCGACGGUGGCGACGAUGAAGGCGCUGGGAUUCGACCUGGAGCGUUAUCAUAACGUGAGCGAGUGGUACAAACACAUGAACAAUGUCACCCCGGGAGCGCAGAUUAACGAGGAAGGGGCCAAGGCUUUCGGCACAUUUAGCUAGCCGUGAAAAACGGUAACGGAUUCAAUUUGAUUACAG